AUGGCCUUGGCCGGCCGGCCGAAGCCCCCUGUUUCACCGGAUAAACUUGCCUCUGAGAUUCGGCUGAAAGACCUCCUGAAGGGGUCGCAACGGCUCGAGGAUUUUGCUUACGCGUAUCCCGAGCGAAAUCGUGUCUUUGGCAGUGCCGCACACAACGAUACUGUUGACUUCCUCUAUCGCGAGUUGAAGAAGACCGGCUAUUAUGAUGUAUACAAGCAGCCACAGGUGCACACUUGGACUAAAGCAGAUGCCUCUCUGACGUUCAACGGCGAGUCCAUCCAGGUGGCCUCUAUGACAUACAGCCCCAGUGUUGAUAUUACUUCGGAUGUGGCAGUGGUCUCGAAUGUUGGAUGCAGUGCAUCGGACUACCCGACCGGCGUGGCUGGUAAAAUCGCCCUAGUCAAGCGUGGAGAAUGUACUUUCGCAGAGAAGUCGACGCUGGCUGCUGCGGCCAAGGCAGCUGCGGUGAUUGUUUACAACAACGCUGCUGGAUCUCUGAGUGGAACGCUGGGUGGAGUAUCCAAUUCUUAUGCCGCCAUUGGCGGAAUCUCGCAGACCGACGGCGAGGCUCUGCUCACUGCAGCAACCAGUGGCGUCGCUACUGUAUCUCUUAAGAUAGACAGCAGAGUCGAGAACCGCACGACGUUCAACGUGAUUGCAGAGACAAAAGGUGGUGAUCACAAUAAUGUCGUCUCAUUAGGGGGUCACACCGACUCAGUCGAAGCCGGUCCGGGCAUCAACGAUGACGGCUCCGGGAUCAUCAGCAACCUCGUGGUAGCAAAAGCGUUGACGCAAUUCUCUGUCAAGAACGCCGUGAGGUUUUGCUUUUGGACGGCUGAAGAGUUCGGCUUGUUGGGUAGUGAGUACUACACCUCGCACCUGAGCUCUGAGGAACUAGCCAAAAUAAGGCUUUACCUCAACUUUGAUAUGAUCGCCUCGCCCAACUACGCACUCAUGAUCUAUGAUGGCGAUGGCGACGCCUUCAAUCAGACCGGACCAGCGGGUUCUGCCCAGAUCGAAGCCCUGUUUCAGAAAUAUUACACGUCCAAGAAACUGCCGUAUAUUCCAACCGCGUUUGAUGGCCGCUCCGACUACGACGGUUUCAUCUCUCGUGGAAUUCCCGCAGGUGGUAUUUUCACUGGUGCCGAGGGCGUCAAGACUAGUGAAGAGGCAAAGCUGUUCGGAGGCCAAGCAAAUAUAUCCUACGAUGUGAAUUAUCAUGCUGCUGGGGACAACUUCACCAAUCUCAACCACGAGGCAUUUUUAAUCAAUUCGAAGGCUACAGCUUUCGCCGUCGCGACAUACGCCAACAGCCUUGCUUCAAUACCGCCACGGAGUGCUACCCCCACCAAGCGACGGGUCAAGAAAGCACCUCGUUCGCAUGCUCACACUACGAACACUGGAUGCUUCCAUUCUCUGGUUGAAAUGUAA